AUGUUAAAAAUCAAUUUAAAGGAGACUAGAUAACAAAAGACUAACCUGUAACUAUUAUAAUAGAAAUGCAAAUUAUCUGAAUUCAAAUUUUGCAAGAAUUGGCAUUCUCGGUCUUUUGAAUUACCAUCUAUUUCUUUACUUUAAUCUUAUCAAUAAUAGAGAUAAUAGACCAAAUUUAGAACUAAUCUAAAUAUUCCAAAUGUUUCAUAGUUAUGUUAGUCAGAAACACUAUAUACUAGAUAAGAAAAAGAUGAAAUUAUUGAAGUAGCUUCAAUUACAAAUAAUAUUAUUUCUGAGAUUCCUUUGAAAAAGUGUAUUCUUAGAAGAGUUAGUCAAUUAGAGUAUGUUGGAUCUAAAUAAAAAAGACUUAAUAAUUUAGCUCCAUCAAUUCAAAUCUUUUAACAUUCUAAGGAUGCAGCAAUCUUAAAAAAAAAGAAAAUGAAUAGAUUAAAAAUGCAAUAUAGUAUGAUUGUUGAUUAAUAUAGAAUUUAUGUAAAGAGCUAAUUAGAAAAAACAUAUUCGUAAUCAUAGAAGUAGAAGUGUUCCCUUAAAAUCUAUUCUAAAAAUUACUCAUAAAAGAGCCAAAACCAUUAGUGAUCAACAAUAUUAAGGCCCUAUCACUAAAAUAGACCCUGAAUUAGAAUAAAAAAUCUAUUUAUUGCUUUAAAGAAAUAGAAAUUCUCAUCUCAUCAUAAGAAGAAGAACUUGUAUUUAAGAACCAAAAAAUAGUAUUUUUGUAUCAAGAGAUAAAUUAUUAAAAUAUCAUGAAGUGAUGGCUAAGAAAUUUGUAUUAAAUUAAAUCUUAUUUUUUUAGGAUUAAUUUGAUUCUUCUUGUGAAUCUUCUCCUGUUACUAUUUCUAGACUUUAAUUUUAAAAAAGUUAUACAAACAAAUUACAAGUAAUUGAUUCAGAAAAUCAUUAAUAAUACCUUACACCUAGAUUAAAUUAGGAAUCAAAUCAUAAUAUAUUUAUUCGUAAAGCAUCUCAUAGUGUAAUUGCUUAAUAUGUGCUUGAAAAAUCUAAAAAAAAUAAAAAUAAUAAUAUAUAUAAAACAAAAUUACCAAAUAUUAAUCAACCUAGUUUAAAUGAAUUUAAUUAGUAUUUUAUUGCUUAAAAAAAAACUAAUUAACUUAAAAAUAUUGCAUAAUAAAUAGUUCAAUCUAAAUCAUCAGACAAUUUGCCUAAAUAAAUUUAAUUAAAUAGCAGAUAGAGUUAGUUUAUAAAUAAAUAGUUCAAUAUGAUAAAAUAAGACUCUUAAAUAUGCAAUUCUACAAGAAUUAAAACCUUACCUAGUGACACAACAACCUCUAGAAAUAAAAUAAAUUUAUAAUUAAAAUUAUGGCCUUAUUUCUAAUGA